GCAGUGAUAAAACCUUUUUCUUUUUUGUUUCUCUUUUUAAAAUCCUUUGUAUUCUCUAUAAUGGCGGCCAUAUCCAAACGUAAUACUCAGACGGCAAAGGACCGGAGCCGAGAUGCUCCCGUAACGCCACUGCGCCGAAUGGUCAUCCCACGGCCGGACAUACUGCACACCUAUCUGGAGUACAAGCAGAUCAAUCAGUAUCUGGAGUACCUGGUCCAGCGGUAUCCCCAUUUCGUGCGCAUGCACACUUUGGGACUCACGCACGAGAAGAGGGAAGUUCGAGCUCUGGAGAUCAACUGGAUGAACUCGGAUAACGUGGAGUUGUCCCCACUAAUUCGGGAGCAAUCGCCGCGGUCCUUCGAUAUCGCUCCCAAUGGAAAGUCCACUGUUCCGGUGGUCCACCAGGGUGAGCACUGCCGGAAAACCGUCUUCAUAGAGGCGGGAACACAUGCGCGCGAAUGGAUCACCAUCUCCACGGCCCUCAAUUGCAUCUACCAGCUGACGGAGCGAUACACCAGGAACAUAGAGGUGCUCCGCAAGCUGCGCUUCAUUAUCGUCCCGCUGGUCAAUCCCGAUGGCUACGAGUACUCCCGAACAAAGAACGCCAAGUGGCGCAAGAACCGGCGACCCCACAAAUCCAGCAAAUUUGUGGGCACCGAUUGCAACCGAAACUACGACAUCUUCUGGAACAGCGGGCCCAGCAAGGUCAACCGCAACACCUACAAAGGUGAAUGUCCGUUUUCCGAGCCGGAAACGCGGGCCAUGAGGAACAUGCUCAACCGGAUGAGUUCCAAUUUGCUCUUCUUUCUUUCGCUGCACUCGUAUGGCCAGAGCAUAAUGUACCCAUGGGGCUACUGCCGUGAUAACCCACUGUACUGGCGGGAACUGAGCUCACUAGCGAAUUCCGGCAGGAGUGCCAUUAAAUCUUACAACGGAAGAGAGUACCGAACGGGGAGCAUCAGUUGUCUGACCAAGAGAACCAUUGCCGGAUCCGUUGUAGACUAUGUAUAUGGUGUGCUAAAGGUACCGAUGGCUUUGGUGAUGGAGUUGCCAUCGCGGGAGCUCGGCUUUCAACCACCGGUGGAGAUGAUCAGUCAAAUUGGACACGAAAGCUGGUACGGAAUUCGGGAGAUGUGCAAGCGCUCCUAUGACCUGCGCCUUCAGAUUGUCCGUGAAAAUGAGCCGCCACUGCCUCGUCCGCCUCGAUUCGAGGCGGGUAAUGAAGGUGUGGCAACAGAAACCCUUACUGCAUCCACGGAGGAGUCCACUGCGGCAGGUGGCGAUUGUGCCAAGUCGAAACCCAAGAAGAAGCGGGCGAAGCGCACGGUUCGGGCGACCCACGAUGAAAUCCUCCGAAUUCAGAAGGGUUUCAAGGCAAGUGAACCGCAUGUCCUGCCUGAAGGAAUCCAGGCCCUGCCCGCCGGACUCUUCCCCCGGCAACUGGAACCUCGGGUGCCACCUGUGAAGCGAUCAGGACUCAGUCGUGAUGGACGGGGCGGUGGUGAUGGCGUUAUUCUCACCAGCCAUGGCAACCUCCCAUCUCAUCCACAAUGCCGCUAGGGGUGUUUCUAUAAGCUAAGAAGUUUAUGUUUAUGAUUAGUGCGAACGUGUAAGAGAUUUGUUUUAAAUUAAAUGUGUAGGCCAACUUUAACUGCGAUGAAACGAAAAUAAAAUAGCCCCUUUCAUUCAAAUC